AUGCCGAGCCAGCUUGAGGGAGCCAUGGACGCCUUGAUUACAGUUUUCUACAACUAUUCUGGAAACGACGGUGACAAAUACAAACUCAACAAGGGCGAACUGAAGCAACUACUCAACAGCGAGCUCACCGACUUCCUGAUGUCUCAAAAGGACCCAAUGCUGGUGGAAAAGAUCAUGAACGACCUGGACUCGAACCAGGACAAUGAGGUGGACUUCAACGAGUUCGUGGUGCUGGUCGCCGCUCUCACUGUCGCCUGCAACGACUUCUUUCAAGAGCAACAGAAGAAACGCAAAUAA